AAUUAAAAAUUUUGAAUUUCCUGCCCAUCCCCCUCAUAAAUAAAUAAUAAAAAUGACAGCAAGCGAAAUUUACAAAAUGCUUGUACUCCUACUCGCAACCGUCUGCCUCGUUUGCAGCGCGCUACCCUCACCCGAACCGCAACCACAACCGCAACCGGAACCGGAGCCGGCACUCUUGAGCAGCUAUAAACCCGCAUUCAUAUCGAAUCCAUCCAUAUAUACCUACACUAUCGCUGAGAGUCAUGCACAAAAGCAACAACAACAACAACAACAACAACAACAACAACAACAAAAUGCCCAACAACAUGCGAUGAUGAGCAAUGACAUCGACUAUAAUACUAACAGCAAUAAUUACUACAAUUAUGCCAGUAGCAACAACAAAAACAACAACAACAACAAUUAUAACAAUAAUCAAUUUGGCAGCAGCCACAGCCGCAGUUCGAGUGAUGUGUCUGCUGCUUCUUCAUCUUCUUCUGCGGCUUAUCGUAAUUUCUAUUUUGCCAAUAGCAAAUUUAGUGCCGCUUCAACUGCUAUGCCAGGAACAACAACAACCGCUACAACAACACCACCAACACCAACACAACCUCUGCCGGUGAGUGGCUGUCAAUUGGUUGUUUAUAAAGUCGUCUUGCAUACCUACUGGACGCGUGACUUAUUCCCGAAACACUAUCCGGAUUGGAGGCCAACGGCGCAGUGGACGAAAACUAUAGGUCGCACCCACGACUCAUCCUACGCGCUCUAUCACAUUGGCCAACAGGCUACGCCGGGUGUUAAACAAUUCGCUGAGACGGGCAAAAGUGAUGUACUAGACAGUGUUGUUGGCGAGCAGCAGCAACAACAAAUGCAUCAAAAACAACAACAAAGUAUGAUAAACGGAAAUUCAUUUGGCAGCUUUGUGCCAACAGUAAACUCAAUGAGGAAUGGCAUUGGUGGUGGACUCGAACGCAGCGUUUUCGACGAAUUCAAUAUACCGGCAGUGUUGGUGGGCGAUGGACGGCAAGAGGCGAAAUUCUUUGUGGACAGCAAUCACAGUCUGGUGUCGUUAAUGACGCGUAUUGUGCCAUCGCCCGAUUGGUUUAUCGGCGUCGAUUCGUUUCAGCUUUGCGUUGGCGGCUCUUGGAUUGAUACUGUUACAGUCGAAAUGGAUCCACUCGAUGCGGGCACCGAUAAUGGUUUCACCUUUACCGCACCGAAUUGGCCAACAUCGCCGCAAGGUGUCAUCUAUCGCAUCACUUCACGCUAUCCAGCACAUCCGGCGAGCAGUUUCUUCUAUCCGAAGAGCAAACGAUUACCGCCGAUAGCGACAUUUCAAUUCAUUAAGUUGAAGGAGUAUGAGCUGAGUGAAGUUUUCAACUUUGCCGAGGAUGAUCGGAAAUAUGAGACGGUGAAGACGCAAACACAUUUGGAAGCGGAACAUGACUCAACCAUCACUAAUAAUGAACUCUCUGCUAGUAUUGAACGUGAACGUCAGAGUGAAAUAACUGCACAACCUACAUCGGUGACGGAAAGAGAUCGCAUAAGAUCACGAUUGCUAGCUAAAAUGAAUCCAGGCUACAGCUACAAUAACAACAGCAAUGCUGUCCAUGUCAAUGGCAAUAUUGCAACGGCGGCGAAUAUUGUGCCGAAAAAUGAUAAAAAUGCCAUCAUGCAAAAUAUCGCCAACAGUUAUCACCGCACAGAGACGAGCUACAAUGCCACCAGUGCCGCUAACUUUGCCAACUCUGCUGCCAACAAUUGGUUGGGUCCACUGCCGAAAUCUCGCCGCCGCACGAAAUCUCGCACGAAGUUACGCGAUUGCCGUGUCAGUCAUUGGUCCGAGUGGUCGGAGUGCAGCAAAACGUGCGGCAUCGGUGAGAUGCAUCGAUAUCGCAAGGUCAUCAGGCAUGGCAAGCGUGGCGGGCGGCCAUGUCCCGCGCUGCAGGAGUCCAAAUGGUGUGGCACCGAGAAGGGUUGCCAUUCGCCGGCGACCUACUUCAAUUGGUCCACAACAUGAAGGACGCAUUGGGAGCAAACGUAGUUCGUAAAGUAAGCGUAUGAUUUCUUUUACAAAAAACCAAAAAAAUUAAUAAAAAAAUAUAAAAGUAAAAUUAAAAAAAAAAUAUAUUAAAAAUAAUAAAUAAAAUAUGUAAAAUGUAUAAAAGUAUUUGAAAAAAUACACAAAUGUACUUCUUCAUAAUGAAAUGAGAGAAGCACAUAAAUUAGAGACCAGUUACAGCUUGCUUUUGUGUGGUUAGGAAUUAAUCCUUUAGCAAAAAAUUGCAAGAUAAUUCGCCUAAAUGUUAUAGAGAAAUGAAAUUUAAAAGAAAAGUUGUAAAUUUUCAAAUAAAUAUGUUUAAGUUUUUAGUAGCAAGGGUUGCAAAAUAAACGCCAAUUAUUAAUAGUUUCAGUCAUUAAAUAUCCUUU